CGGGUAGUAGACAUCAUGCCUCUGGAACUGGAACUGUGUCCCGGGCGCUGGGUGGGCGGGCAACAUCCGUGCUUCAUCAUCGCGGAGAUCGGCCAGAACCACCAGGGCGACCUGGACAUAGCCAAGCGCAUGAUCCGUACUGCCAAGGAGUGCGGGGCUGACUGCGCAAAGUUUCAGAAAAGUGAGUUGGAGUUCAAGUUUAACCGGAAGGCCCUGGAGAGACCAUAUACUUCGAAGCAUUCGUGGGGAACGACAUAUGGGGAGCAUAAACGGCAUCUGGAAUUCAGUCACGCCCAGUACAAGGAGCUGCAGCGCUACGCUCAGGAGAUUGGCAUCUUCUUCACUGCCUCUGGCAUGGACGAGAUGGCAGUUGAGUUUCUGCAUGAACUGAAUGUUCCGUUUUUCAAAGUUGGAUCUGGUGACACUAACAAUUUUCCUUAUCUGGAGAAGACAGCCAAGAAAGGUCGUCCUAUGGUGAUCUCCAGUGGGAUGCAGUCAAUGGACACCAUGAAGCAAGUCUAUCAGAUCGUGAAGCCCCUGAACCCCAACUUCUGCUUCCUCCAGUGCACAAGUGCAUACCCACUGCAGCCGGAGGAUGCCAACCUGCGCGUCAUCUUGGAAUAUCAGAAGCUGUUUCCCGACAUCCCCAUAGGGUACUCUGGACACGAGACAGGCAUUGCCAUAUCAGUAGCUGCAGUGGCUCUGGGGGCCAAGGUGUUGGAACGUCACAUAACUUUGGACAAAACCUGGAAGGGGAGUGACCACUCAGCCUCCCUGGAGCCUGGAGAACUGGCGGAGUUGGUGCGGUCUGUGCGCCUGGUGGAGCGGGCAUUGGGCUCUCCAACAAAGCAGCUGCUGCCCUGUGAGAUGGCCUGCAAUGAGAAGCUGGGCAAGUCUGUGGUGGCCAAAGUGAAAAUCCCCGAAGGCACCAUCCUGACCCUGGACAUGCUCACUGUGAAGGUGGGGGAGCCCAAAGGCUAUCCUCCUGAAGACAUCUUCAACCUAGUGGGCAAAAAGGUGCUGGUCACUGUUGAAGAAGAUGACACAAUCCUGGAAGACUCUGUGGAAAAUCACAGCAAGAAAAUCAAAUCUUAAAAUAAAGUGCCACGCCCUGGCUUCUCAGCCAA